UCGUCAAGCAAACGCUGGUCGUUUCUCGUUUCUUCUUAUUUUCGUGUUUGGCUAUGGAGUGUUUGGUAUCUUGCUGUUGAGAGUCCCAACUACACCAUAAAAACACAUUCUCGAACAUGGCUCGGACAACACACGUAAUACCGUGGGCUCUACAAGCUUUUAUCGUCCUGUGUUAUUUGGUGGAGAACCAGCAAGCGGCGAAGAUUCUGUUUGUACCAUCACUGGAGUAUAGUCACUGUAAGUAUAUGAAUGCAUUAGGCCAAGAGCUAGUGCAACGUGGACACGAAGUUACCAUGUACAUGUGCCAGGAGAUAAACUUUCGAGAUUGCCCAGGACCGCACUUCGAAGUUAUCAACUUCAGCUGGCCUACUUAUGAAAAGAGUUUAGAUUUCAAGGAGAAAAUUGGUAACGAUAUCUUUCAUGGCGAGUGGAAUGUGUUGUCUGAGGAAGCGACAGAAGUUAAAGAACAGAUGUGUGAGAUGAUACAACAAGACAAUGAUGCUUUGCAACGCCUGCAUUACAAAAACUUUGAUUUAGCAGUCAUUGAUAGCCUUUUCUCAACUCAAUGUUUCUACUUAGUACCAUAUAAUCUGUCGAUUCCUUUCAUUUCCGUUUCAAGUGCAUUACGUGAGUCAGAGACUGGAUCCAUAAUAGCACCGAGAUUCAGUCCAAAUGUCUACACCUCCGUCAGUACUGAAAUGGAUUUUAGGAAACGGCUGUUAAGCACCUUACGGUACGUUGCUCAGCAUAUGGGAGAUAUUUUUUCUGUUCCUCUAGAAAAUUUCAAAUUAGCUCCAACUCUCACAGCAUCAGAAGUCGAAGAUCUUUACUGGAAGUCGGAAUUAUUCCUUGAUAACACUGAUAUCAUUUUUAAUUAUCCUAAACCAUUUUUGUCACAUUUUCGACAAGUCGGGGGUUUAACAACUCAGCCUGGAAUGCCUUUGUCGAAAUCACUGCAACACUUCUUUGACGGUGCUACGCAUGGCGUUAUCAUUAUGUCAUUUGGAAAUGCUUUCGAGAACAUAACGGACAGAAUCUCAGCUCUCCUACUGUCUACUUUACAACGCCUACCACAACACAUCCUUGUGAAAACAAACACAAACAAAGUCGAUGGCAAUGUGAAAAUGAUGACAUGGUUCUCACUGAACGAUGUCUGCGCACACCCGAAAACAAAACUCCUUAUAUCACACUGUAACAGUAACGACUACUUUGAAAGCCUUUAUCAUGGGGUUCCACUUAUUUGCCUUCCUAUCGUCGGCGACCAGUUUCAAAUUGCUUCGAGAAUUGAAGAUUACAAGAUGGGAUUAAAACUGAACAUAUGGAAGCAGAAACGUGAUACUUUGUAUAUUGCUGCCCUGAAUGUAACCACGAAGCCCGUCUACCGGAAGAAUGCACAAAAAUACUCGGAGAUUUUCCGCAGCCGCCGCUUGAAUCCAAGGCAAGUUGCCGCUGACGGUGUGGAGGAGGUGCUUCAGUUCGGCCGUCGUCACCCGAAGGGUUCUUAUUUAAACCAUCCAUGGUAUCAACUGCUUAAUCUUGAUGUUUGGCUCUUUAUUCACCUGCUCUUUCUGAUUGGUUUUUAUGCAUUUUUCUGCACCGUGAACCAAAUUAUUAGAUGGCUACAGCAUUACAAAGUAUUCCAUGUGAUCGUUCUGGUGGUCCUGCUUUUAUACAUUCACAACAUGAUCUACCCACCUCCUUUAGUAUACGACAUAUAAAUAUUGCCUUUGUUCUCUCCUUCCAGCUUUAUCUUUCAAAUCUCAUCUUCGCUCUCUGAAACAUUCAAUUUUAACUAGCCUUCGCCCAACAUCCGCUCAUUAAAUCCUAUCCCUCGUACAUAUACCACCAUUUCCCCCACCGCAAACCUAUACUGUAUGGCUACUCGCUGACAUAGACACAUUAAUACUUUCUUAUAUAUUGGCUUACACAGCCAACCUUUCACCCGACACAAUCAGGAAGCAUGCAUACUGCUGUGUCCACAGAUUACACACAGCCAAACACAUUUUCAUUUGGUGUUGUUUCGAUAACUUUACACGAUUCUAUAAAUCUAUGAUGUCUUUUA